CUCGUGCUCUCGGCCACUGAGAGCACAUAUUCGCUCGGCGGUACAGGUCACCCUGUGGACAGCGAGUCAACACCUAACCUAACCAAACCUCUCUUAAAGUAGGCAUAAGUUUUCCCACUACUCGUGUUUGAUCUUUUCGUGGUCGUCUGUCUAUCUAGUUCCGUCUCAUGAACGUAUUGGCUCAUUCUUGUAUAUGAAAAACCCAGAAGAACAUUUAUGCAUGCAGAAACUAUCCAACCAUAUCAAGAAUUCAUAACAAUUCUUUACCUGAAACGUCACUUGAAGAUUCUUUGCAUGUAUGAAUACUGGCCGUUGGCUUAUUCAAAGUAAGCACAAAAAUGGCAAGUGUUGUGAAGAGCUCUACCGUGCUUUCGAGGUUGUGGGGUGACACAUCCGAACUUCUUGAAUUAGUACCACAUGGCACAUUUUUUCCUGGUGCGCAAGACAUAAAAAGUGGGCUAGUAGCCACCGGCGGUCGCUUAAGAAGCGGGAGUAGUAGAUUAGAAGAUGUCUUCGAAGCAGAACGAGAUUCAAGAAGUGCAGGUCCUAAAUCCAGUAGUACUAGGAGUAGUUUCCUUGCAAUUUCGCGCGCAUCUUCACGAAAGAAUCGAAGACGCUGCGCAGCAGAUGAAAGUGUUGACAUUCUGGGUGCAAGCCGAAACGAUGGCGGCGCACGAGAGCAUCAAAAUACAUAUAUUGAGAUUUUCUCAGCCCUAGGAGCGACCACAGUAGCAUCAAAUAAGAGCAGUUCUUAUAGUACUUUUCGCAGUUCAGCAUCUUCGAGUUUCUUUCACCUUCCACAUGAAGAUCGCGCACAGCUACGACAACGUCCUCGACGAAGAAGAAGUGGCGUUCCGACCCCUUCCUUGAGCAAGAGUAGAGUUGUAGAAUGUGUUCCGACCGCGACGUCCUCGUCCACGACCUCAAGAGAAAAGAAGCAGAAGUUGGUGUUGCCCUCGUCGUUUUGUUGCCUCGUUGAUACUAGUGCUGAUGGGAACCAUGGUGAUGGGUGGAAAUGCUGCGACGCGGUGGAGCGAGGUUUUGGCGAAUGUAUCUUUCGCGUUCCGUGGACUGUAAUUCCGAUUUUUAUGAAACGGAAAUCUGUUAUCAUUAAAAUCAAGUUUCUUCAGUAGAAACGUGUGAUAAUGAUAAUAGAUUUUGGUUUCAUAAUUUUUGGUAAGUACCAAGUGGACGACUUGUGUAAUGAAGCGCAGGGCUUCAAUAAAUGCAGUACCCAUGGAUAUGGUGGACUUAAAAAGUGUCCUGGCGCCGCCGUCUCUCAAAUGCUAAUGCAAGAAGCGAAAAAUAAUGGAUAAAUCAUGAGGCGGUGGGUCUCCCUCUCCGUUGCUCGGUGUAAGGUUUUCUUCAGGCUUGACCAGGGAGGGUUAGACUGAAGUACAUGACCAUGACCAACCAUCGUUUUUGUCUUCAAAAAGAAAUCGAGAUCCUCUGAAACUCAAUGAAACAAUAUAGUUAGGCAAGUGCACAGACGGGCAGCAGCUCUAUAUUGUACGGUUCAGGGGUGGUGCAAAGUUUUUGAUAGAACAACAAAGGGCAGCACUUUUAGUUACUCAUGCCUAGUAUUUCGCAUCGGUAAUUUUUGGCUCUACCUGAGCCUACGUUGUGCCUGUCAGUGCGGCCUGGCCUCGACGCAGGGGACUCUCAACCUUGAACCUUCAAGGUUUGAUAGCAGCCGUAGCAAAGCUACAGUGGAGCAACCUCUUUGGCACGAUCAUUAUUGAGUUUUUUCAAUCCAUUUGAAUCUUGAAGAAGAUUGCGCUUGGGCUACAUUCUUCUUUA